AUGUCUCUCCCCACGACUUCACCGUUCAAUCCUGAUGGCGAUCAAAGAAGUCGCCGUCACUCUAUUUUUGCAGACUUUAUCCCCGACGACCUAGCCUUUCCACCACCAUUUAUUGACCCGGCUCCAAAUGUGGACGAGAUACUGAACAGAGACAUAGACGAGUGCUCCUCUGGCGACGAACAUCGCGAUGAAGAAGCUGUAGAGGACCCACGAUAUGUCGACGAGACAGAUCUACAGCUUGCAUUCCAUCCUAAUGGCAUAGCAUAUGGCUCAGGCUUCUCGACAGUUCCACCGACCAGCAUCGAUAUUCCCCCACCUAACCCACACGACUUUGAACAAUCCUACCGUGCGGAGGUUUCCCUUCUGCGCGAUAACGACGUACUUCCCCCAAAACACCCACCUACAGGAUGGCGCGUAACCUACUGGGGACGUGUAUACCGUCGCCUUUUCAGCACACGCGUCCACGACCACGAUAAACCACUUUUCGCGUCGGAGGACUCAGGCGAGACAACGCCGCUUCUGCGCGACAGAAUUGUGCGCUUUGACGGUAUACCGCCAACACCAGGACCGGACGAGGUCCACAAGCGAUGGGAGGAGGCGCUUGCUUCACAGAAGCUCGAAACGACAUGGCAGCGCGAGACCAAGACUUUGAUCCAAUAUGCCGCACCUCUGAUCGUUACUUUCUUGCUCCAUUACUCUGUCACUGUCGCGAGUGUGUUGACUGUUGGUCGUUUGGGAAUGGAGGAGCUAGCUGCCGUUAAUUUGGCCACUAUGACAGCGAGCAUCACAUAUUAUGUUCCCGUCCAGGGUCUGGCAACAUGCCUCGAUACCCUCUGUGCCCAAGCAUACGGCUCAGGCCAUAAGCACCUUGUCGGCCUUCAGGCUCAGCGCAUGACAUGGUUACUCUGGCUUCUCAUGCUACCCAUUGCUGUUCUAUGGUGGUUCUCCGAGCCUAUUCUUGCCGCAGCUGUCGGGCCAGGACGUACAACUGCACUGGCGGCUACAUACAUGCGUAUUCUGAUUAUUGGCAUGCCCGGCGUGUCGGCAUUUGAGAGCGCCAAGCGUUUUGUCCAGUCGCAAGGUCUGUUCCACGCUACUACGUACACUCUGCUUGUCGGCGCCCCUCUGAGUUUCCUGCAGAACUGGCUGUUCGUGUUUAAACUCGGGUGGGGAUUUAACGGUGCGGCUAUCGCUAUGGCCGUUACGCACAACCUUCUGCCUCUUCUUCUCAUUCUAUACGUGCGUCUAUUUGAGGGAUCUGAAUGCUGGAAGGGCUUUAAUCGCAAGGCGUUCAGUAACUGGGGACCGAUGAUCAAAUUGGCUCUACCGGGCAUGAUCAUGAUUGAAGCGCAGUUCUCUGUUUUGGAGAUCCUCACUAUUGCUGCUGGCAGAUUUGGAACCGCACAACUUGCCGCUCAGGGUGUUCUCGUGACUAUCACGUCAACAUCGUUCAACAUUCCCUUUCCUUUGGCUAUCGCGACAUCAACUCGGGUGGCUAAUCUCAUCGGCGCAAACUUGAGCAACGCUGCUCGAGUUACUGCGAAAGUGGCCAUCUUCGCCGGGCUCUCUGUUGGCUUGUUCAACUUGACCAUUUUUAUGACUCUCCGAAAGCAACUACCAAAUAUCUUUACAGAUGAUGAACAGGUCAUUGACAUCGCGUCCAAUGUUAUUCUGGUAUGUGCUGCGAUGCAAAUAUUUGACGCUCUGGCAGCUGUCUCGCAUGGUCUUUUGAGAGGCAUUGGGAGACAGGCUAUCGGUGGCUACGCCAACCUGUUCUCGUACUACGUCGUCGCUCUGCCUAUUGCACUCGGCACCAGCUUUGGUCUGGGGUGGAAUUUGGCUGGUCUUUGGGUUGGUUUGACAGCCGGUCUAGCUGUUGUGUCAGGUCUCGAGGCUAUUUAUCUGUACUUUACGGAUUGGGAGGCUGCUGUGGCGCAAGCUGAAGCGAGAAUGAGAACAGAAACUCAUCGUAGACGAUCUUCAAUUUCAGCUUCCGCGCGAUCGCAAUGA